AUUUAGUCCCAAUCAUCAUGAAUUACGUCGUUCCAUCGAGCUUCCCAGUAACCUUUCUACUAUUUACCUUUCCACUCCGCAAAAGCUGUUCCGAUUUCUGAAUUUCUCACCAAGGCUGCUCAAAACGAGCAUUCGGAGCGUGAGAUCCUAAAUCCUGCUAAGAACGAGCUUCCUGGCCUCCUAAAUCCUGCUUAGAACGAGCUUUCUGGCCUCCUAAAUCCUGCUAGAACAAGCUUCCUGACCUCCUAGAACGAGCUUCCUGGCCUCCUAAAUCCUGUUGAGAACGAGCUUCCUGAUUCCAGGCUGAACGCUCUGGCGACUGCUACAACUAGCUAGCAGUAAUUGUAGUUGCUGUAUUACUUUUCCAAGCAUGAGCGAUUGCUAAACUGGGUUGGUUUUCAAAGUAUGAAGCUGCUUUGGCGUCUGACGUUUCCGUGAAGUAACGGGCAGCCAUCAUGUCGCCGCGUUCACCUCGUGUAUCGCUAUUGUUGGCAUCAGCCUUGGUGCUAACCCUUUCAAAUGUGCUUCCAGUCACCACGGCGAUCAAAGACACGUUCGUCCCCCCCCAUAUGGACUUCGAGUACCCGGACGCCCUCUGCGGCACGGCAUGGCGGGACGACUACAUUCGUCUGCACUCCGCCAUUCGCGCCGCCAGCGCCGCCGCUUACAUCCCCCCUCCCUCCCCCCCUCCUCCUCCUUCCUCCCUCGCCUCUCCCUCCUCCCCUUCCCUCCCUUCCCCAAACCCCCCAUCGCCUCUACCAGCAGCAGCAGCAGCAGCAGCAGCAGCAGCAGCAGCAGCAAUCUCAGAUUCAACCCUCCCAAAUGCAUCCCUCCCAGAUUCCUCCAUUCGCUUUCUCACGUUCGACCAACACGGGCACUGCGGGGGGUUUGGGGACUUCCUAGUGGGGGUGGUCUCUUCCUUCGUCGUCGCACUCUUGGACCGCCGGGCCUUUGUUAUCAGGCACGACUGCCUCCAGUACGCCUUCCAGCCGGCCUUCAUCGACUGGGCAGAGUCCCCCGAUGUGCCCAUGGAGCCGUCUCGCCGCACGGCCAAUCUAAACGAGUCGUUUCCGUCAGGGGUGAUUCCGUUCCUAGACCUGAACGGGAACCGGGUGAAUCUGCAGGUGCUGGAGAAGUUUAAGGGGUUUCGGCAUGUGAAGGUGCUGUGGAACCGCGGGAUGCUAACGGAGAUGCUUACGAAGGGGACGGGCGGGUGGGCGGAUGCGCUCAGGGCUACGGGGCUGCGUCCACCGUAUGCCUUCGGCUGCAUUCUCCGAUUCCUUGUCAGGCCCAGAAGGGAGCUGUGGCCGCUGAUGGCGCAUCUGCUGCAGGAGACGCACGAGGUGCAGACGGUAGUGGUGGGCGUGCACGUGCGGCUGAGCGACAGCUUCGUUCGCGACCCCAACGCCACUGAGAGCAGCGCCACUGCCGCCUCCAUGGCUGCUGCCCUGGCGCAGGGCGCCCCCAUGCUGGCCUGCGCCAAGGCAGUAGAGGACAUGUGGUACCCGCCGCCUCUCACGGUGCGCUGGAUGCUCAUCACCAACUCCAUCGACUUCAAAAUGGCAAUUCGGUCCCAUUUCCCUGGCAAGAUACUCGAGACAAAUUUCGUGCCUCACCACUCAGAAGCCUAUGGAAACAAAGACGAGGAGCAAGCAAGGGAGAAAGCCACACAGGGGUUCCGAGAGAUGGUUGCUGAGUGGCUGCUGCUGGCGUCUAGCAACUCCUUCGUUCUCACCAUCUCGGGGUUUUCCCGCACUGCUGCUAUGUAUUCUCUUAGGCCAAUGGCUAUCUACACGCCGCCCCAUUAUUGUGACCCAGAACAGCCGUAUCGGCAAACCGAGUUUGGCAUUGCAUACAGUGGGAUUUGAUCCUUUCGUGGUUGAUUUUAUGCACAAUUGCUACAUGUAUUCACUGAUACCCAUGAAAAACUACCAAAAAUGAUGCCA